AAUGGGGGCUUACUGGUAGAUGUGAAUGUUUCUGAGCAUUCUACUCUCAUAAGCUUCUCGGAUUACCAUGAGGGAGCUGCUCCAGCUCUCAUUGUUAACCAUACUUCAUGGGACUCUCUCAGAUAUAAACAGAGUGGCUUACAAGAGGAAAUGGAGUUGAAACCAAAGCAAGUAUGCCUGUUUGCUUGGACAGAUCCAACUAAAACAAGAAAAUUGACCUGGGGAUACUCCCAAAAUUUUGGUGAACAUGACCUACUUAAGGAUGAAUGUGGCCAAUUCCCUUACAAUGCAAAUACUCAAAUACACUGGGUGUCUUUCUUGGAUGGACGCCAACGAGUGCUACUUUUCACAGAUGAUGUUGCAUUAGUUUCUAAAGCACGACAAGCAGAGGAGCUGGAGCAACCUGAUCAAGAAAUAAACUUGUCAAUCCAUAGUCUUGGACUUUCUCUUGUUAACAAUGAAAAUAAAAAAGAAAUCUCUUAUAUAGGAAUUACUAGUUCUGGUGUUGUUUGGGAACUGAAACGGAGGCAAAAAUGGAAGCCAUUUAAUCAAAAGCAAAUAAACGUGUUGGAACAAGCCUAUCAAAAGUAUCUUUCUAAGAGUGCUUUCCAUGCUCCAGGUUGGCAUAAACUAGACAGCAAUACUGAGGUGAAUUUUAGUAAGGUUCCAAUGGAAAUGCGUCUCCCAGUCAGAUGCAUCAUCCGACGCAACUUCCUGUCAGGGAUUCAGGUUGAAUUCAAACAGUCACCUCACCAAAGAAGCUUACGGGCUCAAUUGUACUGGCUGCAGGUUGAUAAUCAAUUACCAGGAUCAAUGUUUCCUGUUGUAUUUCACCCUGUAGCCCCUCCCAAGUCGAUUGCUUUGGAUUCAGAACCAAAACCCUUCAUUGACAUCAGUGUCAUCACUAGAUUCAACGAAUACAGCAAAGUACUGCAAUUCAAAUACUUCAUGGUUCUUAUCCAGGAAAUGGCACUGAAAAUCGAUCAAGGAUUUUUAGGAGCACUUAGUGAACUUUUCACUCCAUCUACAGACCCAGAAGCUGAAAGACAAAGGUCUAAACUAAUUCAGCAAGAUGUAGAUGCACUUAACACUGAGCUAAUGGAGUCUUCCCUAACAGACCUGUCGAUGCUCAGCUUCUUUGAGCAUUUCCAUAUUUCUCCAAUUAAGUUGCAUUUGAGUCUGUCUCUGGCUUCUGGUGGAGAAGCAUCAGAUAAGGGGGAAGAAAUGAUAGCCAUCCAUUCUCUGAAUUUGCUGUUGAAAAGUAUUGGAGCUACUCUAACAGAUGUGGAUGAUCUUAUUUUCAAACUUGCUUUCUUUGAAAUUAAAUAUCAGUUCUACAAGAGAGACCAACUGAUGAAGAGAGUUGUUAGACAUUAUAGUGAACAACUCCUGAAACAGAUGUAUGUUCUUGUACUUGGGUUAGAUGUUCUUGGAAAUCCAUUUGGCUUAAUCAGAGGCUUGUCUGAGGGAGUUGAAGCUUUUUUUUAUGAGCCGUUCCAGGGUGCUGUCCAGGGACCUGAAGAAUUUGCUGAAGGCUUUGUAAUUGGUGUUAAAAGUCUUCUUGGACACACAGUGGGUGGUGCAGCAGGGGUGGUGUCUAGGAUCACUGGUUCUGUUGGAAAAGGCUUGGCUGCUAUUACUAUGGAUAAAGAAUUUCAGCAGAAGCGGAGAGAGGAAAUGGGUCGGCAGCCAAAAGACUUUGGUGACAGCCUGGCCAAAGGAGGAAAAGGCUUGUUGAGGGGUGUUGUUGGAGGUGUGACUGGCAUAAUCACUAAACCUGUAGAAGGGGCUAAAAAAGAAGGUGCAGCUGGAUUCUUUAAAGGAAUUGGAAAGGGGCUUGUAGGAGUGGUAGCCCGCCCAACAGGUGGCAUUGUAGAUAUGGCAAGCAGUACCUUCCAGGGAAUUCAAAGGGUGGCAGAAUCAACUGAAGAAGUCUCUAAUCUUCGUCCUCCACGUUUCAUUCAUGAAGAUGGCAUCAUUCGGCCAUACGAUAGGGUAGAAGCUGAGGGUUAUGAUUUAUUUGAG